AUGGAGCAGAAUCAUGAGGAGUGUCGACUGGUGGGGCUGUCGGCGACACUGCCGAAUUAUCAGGACGUGGGCACGUUCCUGAGGGUGAAACCGAAGAAUUUGUUCCAUUUCGAUAACAGUUACAGACCGGUGCCGUUGGAACAGCAGUAUAUUGGUAUAACGGAGAAGAAGGCGCUGAAGAGAUUUCAAGCGAUGAACGAGGUGGUAUAUGAUAAGGUGAUGGAGCAUGCGGGCAAGAGUCAGGUGUUGAUAUUCGUCCAUUCACGAAAGGAGACGGCCAAGACAGCGAAGGCGAUUCGAGAUGCGUGUUUGGAGAAGGAUACGUUGAGUGCGUUCAUGAGGGAGGGGAGUGCCAGUACUGAGAUUUUGAGGAGUGAGGCUUCGCAGGUAGCGAAUGCGGAUUUGAGAGAUCUAAUACCGUACGGAUUCGCGAUCCAUCAUGCCGGAAUGACGAGGGUGGAUAGGACACUGGUGGAGGACUUAUUUGCCGAUAGACAUCUGCAGGUGUUGGUAUCGACGGCCACACUGGCCUGGGGAGUGAAUCUACCAGCUCAUACGGUAAUAAUCAAAGGGACGCAGAUUUAUAGUCCUGAACUGGGGAGGUGGACGGAGCUGGGGGCAUUGGACGUGAUGCAGCUGCCAAUCGAGAGUCAGAUGAUCUCGAAGCUAGCUGAUAUGCUGAAUGCAGAGAUAGUGUUGGGCACGAUAAAUAACGUGUCGGAUGCGAUGAACUGGAUGGGGUAUACGUAUCUGUAUGUGAGGAUGAUUAAGGCACCGGGAUUGUAUGGGAUAUCGGGGGAUAUGGUGGUGGGUUAUUAUUAUUUAUUAUUAUUGUUAUUUAGUAAUAUUAAUUAA